AUGGUUACAUGUGUAAGCGUUGUGUGGAGAGAACCUAGUCCGCUUUUGGAGAUUGAAACAGCCAAAUUGCAGCAAAAUUGCGACGACGACGACGAUUAUGAGGAAAUUGAGUUCAGUCCGAUAAUAAAGUUUGAGGAGGUGAUGAAAGAGGCGGAGGCUCGAGGGGGGACGCUGCCUAAUGAUAUGUUGGAGGCAGCCAAAUCCGUGGGAAUUCGGAGGUUGCUUUUUCUUAGAUAUCUAGAUUUGCAGGGGUCAGUUUGGCCUCUUGGGAUGUUGAUGAGGUCGUGUUCCAUGCUGCGGGAUCGAAUGCUGGCGGAUCCCUCAUUUCUUUUUAAAGUUGGCACUGAGAUAGUUAUAGACUCUUGCUGUGCAACAUUUGCUGAUGUCCAUAAGAGGGGGAUGGAUUUCUGGGCAGAGUUUGAGCUGUAUGCAGGUGAUCUUUUGGUGGGAAUUGUUGUGGACAUUGCCUUGGUUGGUAUGUUGGCACCUUAUGAACGUAUAGGAAAGCCUUCUGUGAAGUCAGGUUUCUUUGCUAACAUGGCACAAGCAGUUGAAGAAGAAAUUUUAUUCUAA